UCACAGAAGUGAACAUGGUGAACUGUAAUCGAGGCAAAUGACAAAGUUAAGAUUAAAUUAAAGCUUUUACCUUAUAGAUAGUGAGAAAUGAACGAUUUUUUCAAAUUUGCCGACUUAUAAAUACCGUGGUUUCAUAAAAUGGGAAACCAACACGGCAGUUCUACUGGAAAUGGCAAUUCGGACCAGAGAAGGAGCAGUGCGUUCGAUAAGUCGAAACAAAGUUCCAUGUCAUCGAAAGCUUACACUGGCUCUUUGAUAAAACUUUUUGAGAAAAUUGAGAUUACUUCAGAUGCAGGAAAUUCGCACCCUGGAGAGAUUUCACAAAGCACGUUUGAGAAUGUCUUUCAUGGACCUCUGCAUAAGUUCGGCAAACUGAUGUAUCGACAGAUGCUCAAUGGCCAUUCAAAUCGGGAUCGCAUUACUAAGGAACAGUUUGUGAAAGCAGGGAAAGAAAUCCUCAAAACGUUUAACGAAAGUGAUCAGCAGAAAUACUACUUCAAACUAUUUGCCGCAGGAAAAGAUGUAUUAACACAAGAAGAUGCACUGCUGAUGAUUCAGGUAUCCUAUGCCCUGACUCUGUCUGCAUCCAAGUUCCCGUACACAAAAUCAGACCGAGAUGAUCGAGUGUUUACGGCCAUGGUCACAAGCAUGUUUGGGAUUGCGGAGGAGUUGAACUAUGAGAGUUUCGUGUCGUGGCUCAAGUGGAACUGUCCUCACAUGUUCUGUGGUGUUCACAACUGGGUCUACCUGAUCCUCACCGGGUCAACGCUGCCUUCUGAACUUGAAACAGCUCCUGUUCCUCAACUAGAAGGCUUCGUUGAUGGCCGAUAUUGCCUUUCUAUGGGCAUGUUGUGGGCAAUGUCGGCUACACUGCCAGCGGCGUACACACACGGCCAGACUUCAGAAACACCCGCCAAUAACCCACUCAUCACCUCCUACCACUUGAUCAUGAAACUGGCCAGGUUAUCUCGGUGUCAGAGCUGGACCAUGUUGUACAAUAGCAGUGAUCAUGGAUUAUCUAUGAACAGGUUUACCCACCAUGUCACUUCAUACCAUGGCCCGUCCAUUAUGCUGGUUUCGUUUGAAGGCAGAAACCUUUAUUGUGUGGCUAAUGAUACAGGUUGGAGGGACGGGCCAGAUAAAUACGGUGGAGAGGAGUGUAUGCUUCUACAGAUCUCUCCAGUAUACAGGGUAAUUCAGUCUGGCGAAAAGAUGAUGCUUUGGAAUGUGCACACUCGAGGUCUACCAAUGGGCAUUCAGAUUGGCAAAAUGUCUUCGUCCAUUGUUUUGUCGAUUCCCCAUGAGUUUGACUCAGUGUCUCACUACGGCGUAGCGUGUACACUGAAUAAAGUCGAGGUGUGGGGUUGUGGUGGUUCAAGUGCUAAAGAUGCCCAGACCAAACAGAAACAGUGGGAAGCCAAGGACGUGCAGCGGUGUGCACAGAGAAAGCUUAAUCUGGAGUCAAAAGACUGGAAUGAAAACCCUGACAAACAGAUCCUCGACUGGGCGGGCAUCAAGGGAGGCCACUCCUACCAAAGAGAAUAGCCCUCAGUCUUCAAAGUGCAUUUGUUGUAUAUAGUUGGUAUUUGAGACUUCAGCUGCAAAGUGUUUUCCAUGAUUUGGAACAUUGUUUUAUUUCUGGAUAGUGAAACAAGUGAAGAAGUUCUAGAUACAUUAAUUAGUAUUUACUUAUUUUGAUAGCAACAAAAUAUACUAAAGAUGUCAUUAGCUUUAGAUUCAUAAAGCUGCUUAUACAUCAUAAUAUUUUAGUAAUGGUAAAAUUACUAGGUGGCUUUUCUUGUAUUUUGUUCAGUAAGACAUAGGCAGGUUAUAUACAAAAUACAUUAUUACAUGGUGCAGUGAAAUCCCUCUAAAGCAGGCACCUACAAGACCAAGUAAAAGUCUGUUUUUAAGGGGUUUCUUGUGUAGAGAGGUGCUCUUAUGAUAUUUAAAAAGGGACCUUGAAAAACUUCAGUUUGUGAAAGAAUUUCAGUUUACAAAAGGUCCAGUUUUGGGGUUUCACUGUAUUAAAAAUAAUGUGUGACCAUCCAUGAUUCACUCAUUUUAUGAUGUACAAUCAUAAUGUACAGAGUUCAUUUGUGAUAUAUAUGUAGCCAUAUGUCUUAAUGUGGCAUCUGAAUCCAUGCCAUUGAACUGGUAAAACCUUAACUUGAAUAUUUCUAAAUUCACAGAAUAUCAUAACUGGUGUGCUAUCAUCUUGCCGUCAACGUUGGUGCAGGGUACAAUAUUUAACACAAACCGUUGUUCUGUUUAUGUGUCACUUACGCAAAUUUAUACUCACAUGAACUGCCAGUCGGUUAGGAUUGCUGGAACUUGUAUUCUAAAAAUUCCUAUUCUACUGUAUUACUGUUAAAGGGACUACCCCAGUUUUGUAGCCACUACACCAGACAGUUGAUUAAUAAAAGUAAUAAAUCUGAGUAAUAAAAAUAAAUACAUCCCUUUGACCCAGUUACGUAAAAGUUUGUUUGGCGGUUAAGUAAAAUAAUAUGUACAAAAUGAUUGAGCUAUUACACACAUUAUGAUGACCAAAGUUUGUUUUGUUUAACGACACUACUAGAGCACAUUGAUAUAUUAAUCGUCAGCUAUUGGAUGUGAAACAGUUGGUAAUUUGACAUAUAGUCUUAGAAAGGAAACCCUCCACAUUUUUCCA